AUAAUGUUUUAGUGCUUUGAAGCUAUCGCUUUAUACUCGGAUAUCUCUCGUACAUGUACAUAGAUGUGUAUAUAUAUAUGUAACUAAUACGUAUAUAUGUAUCUAAAAUUCAAUUAUGCAACAACAGUUUUUCAAACAACAUAAAGCCACGACAUAUUGCCUCUUUGAGCCGUAUACUAUAAAAGCAAUAACAAAUUCAACCACUCAUAAACACAAGCAGUCAGUAUCUACUCGUAUUGAGUAGCAAUAACGGCAAUAGUCUGAGCAUUUACGACAUUAAUAGAAUGAAUAUAUACAUACAUAUAUACAAGCACACACGUAGACAAAUAAAGGCAUCGAUAUUAAAUGUAUAUUAACAAUUUAUGUUCAAUUAAGUGAAAUUUAUGAUUUUUGACGAGUAGGACAGCGCGUGCCGACUGGCACGAGUAAAUGACCACUUGACUGUCUAAAUUGGUCAGGUCACUAGCUUCAAAGGCUGUAUGGUUCGUUAGCCGUGCGGCAAUGGAAUAAAAAUUUAUGUGUGUUCGGCAGCAUUUCGUGGCAAUGACCAUUUAACUGAGCGGUUAACCGCCAACAACAGUGUAAGAGGGCUGUAUUUGCGAGAGCGUGGGUAAGUGGGUGCGUGUGUGAGUGUUGAAAGGGUAGCAUGAUGCGUGGAGACGCAAAAAGAACUUAGCUAUUACUGGUAGGGGUUGCCAACAAUUCAGCGACGUCCGCCAUCCGCCAUCCGCCAACCGAUGUUCUAAUGACGAUUAAUUGCGAGGGUUGAACCGACGAAAUACAGCAGAAGGGAAUGCGACGACGAGCGUCCGUGUAGGAGCAGUGGCAUCCGGGAGCAUAUUUGUAGAAAGUACGGUUGUUGCAUUCGUAGGCUACAAGCAAGGAACAAGCUACAAAGCGUGUGACCGCAAAGAUGAAAAAGGUUGUGGACGAAAGCGGGCGAGCAAAAUGCGCGAGUGCCAGCAAUGUCACUAUGCAAUGCAAGCUGACGCUGGGGAAUUUAUAUGGCGAACAAUGCUGAUGCCGCUAAAUUGCGAUUCACAUUCAUGAAUUUAUGCACCAUAAUUUGCAUAGCUGAUGCUAAUUUUGUUGUUGCUGACAUUCGUAGAUAUUGAUUUUAUGGCGCGAGUUAGCAGCUGCCUGGCAGAACGCUUUGUAAGGCGUGUGGCAUAAUUAAUCUCAGCUCGGCGUAAAGGCUACAGAAUUUAUGGAUGCAACCUACCAGCACUACUAUAUACGAGGGAGGCCCAAAAACUAUAAUAUACAAAAGAAAAUUUUUUAAAUUUUGCGAAUUAUUUCUUAACAUAGUCAACUAUCAACUAUAUCCACAAUUUCUUUAACUCAUCUAAAGAAUACAUUUUCUGGAGGUCGUUUCAUCUUAUACGUUUCAUCUUAUUCGUUCCCUCUUAUUCUGAAAUUUGUACCCGGUGAUUGAUUUUUAAGUUUGAAAAUAGAACGAAGUGUUACGGACCCAAUUCAGGAGACGGUGGAUAUGGCAACGGUUCGUAGUCUAUUUUUGCCACUUCAGCUGUGGCAAGGCGGAGGUGUGAACCAACACAUUACAAUUUGUUCUGCCACAAAUGCUGCAAUUUUUCUGCAGUUCGGCGUCAAAUCAACCUAAUAAUCCGGACUAGGUAGGCCUUUUCUUAGAUUGAUGUGGAGCAGAUCUUGUGAAUUCCAUAAACCGUUGGAUAUCACAUCUCAAGUUGAUUAGGGAUAGUCAUCAUCUGCUUCGUGGGAGGUUUUCAAGUGAAGUCAACUGUUUCAAAUGUUCCGUGGUCCUUAGUGUGUACUAUUGGAUCCAAAUUUUGUCGUCGGUCAUGAAACAAAUCGCUUGUGCUUAAACAGAAUAAAACACUCUGAAAAGAGAAAUAAGUGAUUAUUAAUAACAAAUGUGCACUACAACUUAAUAAGAGUACUUAAGUACACAUAAGCAGACGAACCUACAUACAAUUAUGUUUAUUAUACAAUUAAGUAAGUACUUACCAAAGGACAUCAUCGAGUGAAAUUAAUUGUUGCUUCUCAAUAAGCAAAUGUAGCAGGACUAAUUUAUUCACAAAUUUGUUAUUGUGCCACAACACAAGCACACGCAUACAACCACCUACACAUAUUCAUAUAUAUAUGUAUAUGUGCAUGUGACAUGAUGUAUUAAUUAUACGGACAUGUGUUAGUGGAAAAGGUGUGUCAGUAUACGUGUGGGUCUGCAAGCCAGCAAAAGAGAGCAGAAACAUGAGUUGUGAACAGCAUCAUCAGCAGCAAUGGCAUACACAUCAUCAACAACAUUAUCAUAGUCGACCGUAUCAGAGCGGACAACAACAGUUACAAAAGCCAAAAUGCGCACAUCAACAGUAUAGUCAAUAUCAAGAACAUCAGCAACAACACCUAAGUUGUUACACACACCAGCCGUAUCACCAUUAUCAGCUAUGGUUUAUUAUAUCUGCGAUAUUGUUCUUAAUCGACAUAUCCAACUCGCUCACAAUGACGGAAGUAAAAAUACCCAAUCAUAUAAUGCGUUUCAAGAGCGCGGUACUCGGCUGCCGCUAUAAUUUGGACGGCGAGUCAUUGUACUCGGUGAAAUGGUACAAGGAUGGACAUGAGUUUUACCGUUAUGUUCCGCGUGAUAAGCCGCCAGGACAAGCAUUUCCCUUGCCCGGUGUCAAUGUGGAUGUUCGCAAUUCAACAGAUACAAAAGUGACACUGCGGCGCGUUACACUGAUGUCGACAGGAGUCUACAAAUGCGAAGUUUCCGGUGAAGCACCAGCAUUCAACACAGUUUCCGAAUCCGAGACGAUGACUGUUGUUAUGACACCCAACCAUGGUCCAAAAGUCACCGGCGGUCGACUCAGCUACCAAAUAGGAGACGUUAUUCGCAUGAACUGCACCUCAGGACCAUCCAAACCAGUCUGUCAUCUCAGCUGGUUCAUCAAUGGUGAACCGGCAAAUCGUUCGUAUCUCAAACAAUAUGAAAAGUAUGUGGUCGGUCGCGAGGGACUUGAAAUGGCGCGACUAGGCUUGGAAUUUCGUGUUAAGGGUAUCCAUUUUCAAGAUGGCGAAAUAAAAAUGAAAUGCGUGGCCAAAAUAUCCUCGCUGUACUGGCAAAGCAAUGAGGCAAGUGUGCAAAGUGAUCGACAGCAUCGUGCACCAGCGCUGGAAUCACGUGAAACAAUUGCUGCCAAAUCGCGUGCACAUGGUUCCUCCUCGGCAAAGCCACAUUCUCAGACCACAUUACAGCAAUUACAUCUGGUAACACUACUGAGCUUAUUAACGGCAUUUAGUACUUCAAGCUACAGCAUAGCUUUAAGAUAACUAAUUUAAAUUAAUUUCGUACUACACUAAGUAGAUGACAGCAACACCUGUAAAGAAAUAACAGCGUUGUCUUUAAUAAAAACGGUAAAAAUAUAUUAAAAAGGACACAUAUCCUAUGCCAAAUUAAAAA